UUGCUCAUUGGCAAAUGAGCCUAAAAUUUGAUGAAUGCUAGAGUUUAAUUUUCUGAAGCAGGAGCUAUAGAAAAAGCUUAAAACUGGGGUGACUCCUCAUAGACUUCUAGUUUGUCAUGACUGCGACCAACUUUACGUGCUUUUUCUUUUAUACUGGAUGGGAACAGGGCGAAAAAGAAACAUUUGCAAGUGUUGUCUUAUGCGUUUUGUGCGCUCUGCUCGCAUUGACUGCGAUCUCGGGAAAUGGUAUUGUCAUCUUUGUAAUAUGGAGCACACGGGAGCUACAUUCGCCAUCUUUGGUUUUGCUGCUGCUUUUGGCCGCGUCAGAUUUUCUUGUCGGAUUGGUUGGCCAGCCAUUCUUCGUUGCUUUCAAGAUUGCGGAGAGCCUCAGAUAUUUCAGCGCGUAUUGUAACUUGCGACUGAUUCAGUUUUUUUCUGGGUGGAUAACUUCUGGUGUGUCUUUUAUUACACUUAGUGCCAUCUCUGUCGACAGACUCCUCGCUUUAAUCCUCCAUUUGCGUUACAAAAACAUCAUCACAGUACGACGUGUGAUAAUAGCAGUGAUCGUUGUUUGGCUGGUUUGCUCCAUUCUGACCAUAUUGAAAUUUUGGGUGCAAAACUGGAUCAUUAUCGCAGUUUGUACUAAUUUAUCGGCUGCUGUAGUAAUUGCGUUUUGUACUGGUAAAAUUUUUCGAAUUGCGCGAAGACACGAGCGGCGCAUUAAGGAACAGAACGUUGCAUUAACACUUAACCCGUCCUUGGCGGGGGACUUUAACAACAUCGAUCGUCACAGAUAUCGUUGGCACAUUAGCACAUCUGGGAAGUCAAGGAAAAGCCAUUACUUCCCCACAACAAAAUGGCACAGUUAUCUUUUAUAGACUAGAGGUCCAUUCGGGUUACCAGCAGCAUGCCAGAAAUCAGGCCCUGUUUGUUCGAUGGGCGAAUAACUCUAUCCAACGGAUAAAUCGCUAUCCA